AUGUCGUCGCCCGCCGCCAAGGCGAACUCCCCAGACGAGGCACCCGCCGGCGCCGGCGCCGCGGUGGCCGGGGACGUGCACAUGAUCCGGCACCCGCUGGUGAAGCACGCGGCGUACGCGUACCUCCAGCUGACGCCGUCGGCGCGGGAGGAGGCCCGGAGGCGGAUGCUGCAGCGGAGGCGCGGCGGCCCGCUCUGCCGCCUCUUCCUCGGCUGCCUCGGCUUCCUCGGGGCGCUCUUCGGGCGGCAGUGA